AUGCCACUUUCGCACCGUCGAGUUCACUCCCCCUUACAUCCCCGCUCCCUGGAUCCCCCCCUUUCAUCCCAUCCCCUUUCGCUCGACCUCCCUGUCCAUUUCCCCACGAUUUCUCACGCUUCCCCUUACAUUACCCCUCCUUGUAUCAUGGGGAGCUUCCCCCUUUCCCCCACUCCACCUCGCCAUUUCCCCCACUGCCCCCCGUCCAUUCCUGCACUCCCACUCGUCCAUUCCCCACUCCCACCCACCUUUUCCCCCACUUCCCCCCGUCCAAUCCCCCACUCCCCCCGCCCAAUCCCCCACUUUCCCCCGUCCAGUUCCCCACUUUCCCCUGUCCAAUCCCCCACUUCCCCCUGUCCAUUCCCCAUCCCCCCCGUCCUUUCCCCCACUCCCCCCCGCCCAAUCCCCCACUUCCUCCCGUCCAAUCCCCCACUUCCUCCCGUCCAAUCCCCCACUUCCUCCCGUCCAAUCCCCCACUCCCACCCGUCAUUCCCGCCACUCCCCCAGGUCCACACCUUCCUUAGUACCAUGCAUGCCCUCUGCUCCACACACGCUUCCCCAUGCUACCCAUGCCAUCCUCCCUUCCCCAUGCUACCCAUGCCAUCCUCCCUUCCCCAUGCUACCCAUGCCAUCCUCCCUUCCCCAUGCUACCCAUGCCAUCCUCCCUUCCCCAUGCUACCCAUGCCAUCCUCCCUUCCCCAUGCUACCCAUGCCAUCCUCCCUUCCCCAUGCUACCCCUGUAAUCCACUCUUCCCCGCCCACCAUCUCUCUCUUGCACCAACCUCCUCCCCUCUCUCGCACCAACCCCUGAAAUCCUCCUAUCCCCCGUUCCACCCAUAUACCCUACCACACUUUUACCUCCUGCCCUCCUCCCUUUCUCCGUUCCUUUGUUUUCCCACAGUCGUCUUCCCUCCCUUCCUCCCGUCCUCCCUUCCUGCCAUUCUCCCCUCUCCUCAUCCUCCCUUGAUCCAGUCCCUCUUCCCCUUUCCAUCUCCCACCCUACUACUCCCUUUCUCACUCCAACCCUGCUUUUCCGUUCCACCCUUCUACUUUCCCCCUUGUAACCAGCCACACUUUUUCCUCCUCCGUUCAUCCCUCUCUUUCUCCAUCUUUCCCUCCCUUACUUUCUCCCGUCCAGCCUUCCUCUCAUCCGCUUGUCCUCUCAUCCGCCCUUUCUAUCAUCACCCAACAUCGUCCUCUCCUACCCCCUUUCUUUCUUCAUCUAUUCCACCCUCUCCCCAAUUCUCUGCCUCAGUGCCUUUUCCUGCUCUCUCCACCCUUUACAAUCACUCUUCAUCUCGCCGCCCCUUCCGCCCUUCCUCUGUGUCCCCAUCGCACAUUUUCUCCCUCCGUGCAUUCCUUGUUCCCUACCACCGUUGCCCUUCCAUCAUCAUUGUUUCGUAUCCUCCCCGCUGCUUCAACUUGGACACAUCCGAGUUUGUGGGUUGGCGUUGGGGAAAGGGAGGAUUAUUGUGUGGGAAAAGGGCGAGGGAGAGUGGGGUAUUGGACGGGGAGGAAUGGGGGAAUGAACGGGUGGGAGUGAAGGAAAGGACGGGGGGGAGUCGGGGAAAGGAAGGAGGCAGUGGGGGACUGGACGCGGGGGAGAGGGGGCUGGGGCGGGUGGGUGUCGGGAGUGCGGUGGAGAGUGGUGAGGAGCUGGCAUACCGUGUGGGGACGGGAGUGGGCGAGGUGUAA